GAAUAAGUCAUGUCAGAGAUCCUUGACCUCUCUUUUCUGUCUGAGGUGGAAAGGGAUUUGAUCCUCAGUGUUCUACAACGAGAUGAGGAGCUCCGGAGAGCAGAUGAGAAAAGGAUUAGGCGACUGAAAAAUGAGUUAUUGGAGAUCAAAAGGAAGGGGGCCAAGAGGGGCAGUCAACACUACAGCGAUCGGACCUGUGCCCGGUGCCAGGAGAACCUGGGUCGCUUGACUCCCAAGACCAACAGCUGCAGGGGUUGCAACCACCUGGUAUGUCGGGAGUGCCGCAUCCAGGAGACCAAUGGCACCUGGAGGUGCAAGGUGUGCGCCAAGGAAAUAGAGUUGAAGAUGGCAACUGGAGACUGGUUUUAUGACCAGAAAGUAAAUCGCUUUGCUUACCGCACAGGCAGUGAGCUCAUCAGGAUGUCCCUGCGCCGCAAGCCUGCAGCCAGUAAAAGAGAGACAGUGGGACAGUCCCUCCUUCACCAGACACAGGUGGGCAAUAUCUGGCCAGGAAGAAAGAUCAUUCAGGAGCAACAGAAGGAGCCCAGGGAGCCCAGUGUGCCAUUUGAAGUGCCCAAGCCAAAAAGCGGAAAGAGCGUGCUGGAGGCUGAGAGCGAGAGUCUGGACAGCUACACAGCUGACUCAGAUAGCACCUCCAGGAGAGACUCUCUGGAUAAAUCUGGCCUCUUUCCAGAAUGGAAGAAGAUGUCUGCCCCCAAACCUCAAGUAGAGAAGGAAACUCAGCCUGGAGGUCAAAUUGUGCUAUCUGUUGAUGAGGGUGAAAUGAUCUUCAAGAAGAACACUAGAAAGGUCCUCAGGCCUCCAGAAUAUACUAAAUCUGUGAUUGAUCUUCGCCCAGAAGAUGUGGGGCAUGAGGGUGGCUCCUUGGGAGACAGAAGCAAAUCAGUCCCAGGCCUCAGUGUAGAUAUGGAAGAGGAAGAGGAAGAAGAAGACAUUGACCACCUGGUGAAGUUGCAUCGCCAGAAACUGGCCAGAAGCAGCAUGCGAAGCGGCUCCUCCAUGAGUACAAUCGGCAGCAUGAUGAGCAUCUAUAGCGAAGCUGGUGAUUUUGGGAACAUCUCUGUGACUGGCAAGAUAACCUUUUCCCUGAAGUACGAGCAGCAGUCACAGACUUUGGUCAUCCAUGUGAAGGAGUGCCACGACCUGGCCUACGCCGAUGAAGCCAAGAAGCGCUCUAACCCAUAUGUGAAGACUUACCUUCUACCUGACAAAUCCCGUCAAGGAAAAAGAAAAACCAGCAUCAAGCGGGACACCAUCCAUCCACUCUAUGAUGAGAUCCUCAGAUACGAGAUCCCAGAAUCUCUCCUGGCCCAGAGGACUUUGCAGUUUUCAGUUUGGCAUCAUGGCCGUUUUGGCAGAAACGCUUUCCUUGGAGAGGCAGAGGUCCACAUGGAUUCCUGGAAGCUUGAUAAGAAACUGGAUCAUUGCCUCCCUUUACAUGGAAAGGUCAGUGCUGAGUCCCUGACUGGCUUGCCAUCACACAAAGGCGAGUUGGUGGUUUCAUUGAAAUACAUCCCAGCCUCCAAACUUCCUGUUGGAGGUGACCGGAAAAAGAGUAAAGGUGGGGAAGGGGGAGAGCUCCAGGUGUGGAUCAAAGAAGCCAAGAACCUGACGGCUGCCAAAUCAGGAGGGACUUCAGACAGCUUUGUCAAGGGAUACCUCCUUCCCAUGAGGAACAAGGCCAGUAAGCGUAAAACUCCAGUGAUGAAGAAGACCCUGAACCCCCACUACAACCACACAUUUGUCUACAAUGGUGUGAGGCUGGAAGAUCUACAGCACAUGUGCCUGGAACUGACUGUGUGGGACCGGGAGCCCCUGGCCAGCAAUGACUUCCUGGGAGGGGUCAGGCUGGGUGUUGGCACUGGGAUCAGUAAUGGGGAAGUGGUGGACUGGAUGGACUCGACUGGGGAAGAAGUGAGCCUGUGGCAGAAGAUGCGACAGUACCCGGGGUCUUGGGCAGAAGGGACUCUGCAGCUCCGUUCCUCAAUGGCCAAGGAGAAGCUGGGCUUAUGAGGCCCUGCCCUUCUCUGCGGGUCCAGCCCUGACCAGGGCAAUUGAGAGGAAGCGAAGAAACCAAGAGCGAACAUUUAAUUCAUGUGUGUGUGAUGUAUGUGUGCGUACAAGCUAGUAUUUCCACAGAUCUAUCUGCCAAAGUGCUGCAGACUCUCCCCUUUCACAGCAGGCAAAAAUGUUUUUAUUUAUGCCAACUCUAGCCUAUUUUCAGAGCCUUGUCUUUCCUACACCUUUGUGUGGUUUAAUUAACUCUAAAAAAAAAAGUUCCAAAACAACUUUUUAUCCCCUGUCUUGCUGCCCUUGUUUCCACUUCCCAGGAAGCCCUGUUACCUUGGCAUUCACAUUCACCUGGAUUUCAGAGUGUGUCUGGCGCGGGGAGGCGGGGAUGGGCUGCUAAAGAGAAGAACGCAGGAAAGAGGUGUGCAGGUGCUCUCCAUCGUCUCCAGUGUAUGUCUGCUUUCAACUCAUUCCUUGCCUUGGUACAUUUCUGGAACUUGGCUCUUAACAAAUACCAAUGUCCACCUUGCUUGGGGUCUAAUUGUUUUCCUUCAGAUGCUAAGAACAUUCCUCAGUUCCUAUCUGCUCUAGACAGCUUCACUAAACCUUUGGUGAGCCCUUAUAAUGUAGGUGUUUUAGAAAAGCUCUUGGAUAGUGACUGAGUCAUGGACAUGCCCGGCAAGAACUUCUGAGUGGUUCCAGUGGACCAGAGUGAAUGAGGAUGAAUUGUCUCCCAGCUGAUGCUGAAUUCAUUGCAUUGGCAAUGGAUACAGUGGUUGUUGGAAAGAAAGAUGAGACAUUUCACUCGCAUAUCCCCCAUCUUUCUUGUUUCGGUGUUUGUGGUCACAGGUGAACACCGAACAUGGUCUGCAUACUGUUCUCUCAUCCAGAACAACCAAGCACAGUGUUUCUCCAGGAUGGGCGCUGUUCGAGCCCCAGACACUCUCCCAGUUCCUCUGAUUUCUUUCUUGCAGUGGUUUUAGUUUCUGUUCUUUCCUGAACUCGGCCCAGAAGGGUAUGCUGUGUUGAGAGCUUUCUGAGGAGGGCCUAGUGUCCUAAGGCUCCUUUUCUGAUAUAUGUUGCUCCAGACAGAUCGUUUUAUUCUUACAACUGUAUGUACACAGAGUGGUUUGUGAGAGGAAUGUAUACUGGAGAAGAAACUGCUUUCAGCAUAGUUGACUAGUUGACUCUCAUUAUUGGACUGAUGGCAGCUAUGGCACUUUCUAAAGAAGGUGUGAACUGAAUGGAAGGGCAUUUUUAGGUUCAUUUGAUGUGGGUUGCUACUGUAAUGGAAGGCAUAACUUGGAAUCCUGGACUGUAACUUGCUUCUUUGUCGUCUCCCCGCUAAAGCCCAGAAAUGUAUGUGCACCCACUCAAUAAAAACUUUCUCAUUUGUCAAAUGUUUGCACUUGUUAGUUCUAUAGAUGCUUUUGUCUUUGUGUCCUGACUUACUAUUGUUGCUUUUCAUGUGGCCAGAAGGAUGAGAAUGAGUGUGCCAAACACCUUCCCCUAACUGCCCUGUUCUGAUUCAAAGGACGUUUUCCUUCAUCCACAUUGCUGUCUGACUCACUUAUCUUUUGUGUCUGGUGUCUAGAGAGUUCUCAUCCAUAUCUCCCCUACUCUCUUGUGCAUGUUUCUUUCUGGAUCUUUCCAUAUCUAUAGGAGGUAAGACCUUUCAUUUUCCUUCACUUCUAUUGCCAGUAUUUAGUUUUGAGAGAGAAAUGAUGCUGAUGCUAGAUAACCCAUCUCACACAUAAGGGUCUGAUUUCUACAUAGAACCAAAGUGAUUCGUAAGCUCUUAGACAGAAGGGUAUAAAAAGAUACUGAAUUCCUUUUGUGUACGAGGCUUUAUGCUGAGCACAUUGUAUUUCCAUAAUUUCUCCAAACACCAUAGUUGGAAAAUUUUCUUUUUUGCAUGUGAUGAAACUCAAGCUCACUGUCAUACAACAGAGUUGGGAUUUGAGUGUGAGUCUCCUGUACCAUGCUGCCUCCUGCUAGGGUGAUGUGUGUUGUGGGCAAGAUUCAAAGGAAGGGGUGGCUCUUCUAAAUUGUCUCAAGGAAAUAUGUUUAGUUUACAAAAUAGAACAGUCAGAAAGCUUUGACUGUGAACUAAUUAACUUACUGCUGAACAGCUUCCGGUGUGUGUGUGUGUGUGUGUGUGUGCAUGUGCGUGUGCGUGUGUGUGUGUGGUGGGGGGCAGAGAGGGAGGUGGGCUAACCCCCUUUGGCUAUGGACCUGAUGUCGCUGCUAUUCUUUAGAAGUUGGGGUGUCGUGAAUAAUCUGCAAAAGAGGUUACAGCCAAACUUUACCUAAACCAAGAUUGACAUGCCUUGAC